CUAAUUGUGUGUUUUUAAGAAUUCAUUAUUUUAUAGUGUAUUGAAACAUAGUCUAUGUAGAACGUACAACUAAAUUGCUUCCACAAGCGUCAGUCUAGCCACAAAAUUUUUAAAAAGUUUUACGUUUUGUUUUGUUUCUUCGAUCUUUGUACCAAUUAUGGAAGACCAUCGAAACCAAGGACGGGAAUUCGGUAAGAUUUUCAUUUGUAAAAAAAUGAAUUAAAAAAAUGUUUUUUAAGCGAGUCUCUAGGCAUAUAGGUAGCCGGCAUAUAGACUAGGCCUUACUUACUAACUGCUUACUAAGAUUAAGAUGAAAUAUAAAUAUUAAAUAUAGCAUAUUAAUAUUAACUAAUUUCAUUUGUUCUUUCAUUUGGUUCAGAUGAAUCUCUCUUUAAAGAUGUAAAAAUUAAUCUUUCUGCUGUUGCUAGAAGAGCUUCUGAUCUAGGAAGUCGGCGAGCAGUUAAGAAACAGCAGCAGGUAAGCACAACAUUUUAGGAGGCAUAAUACAUUAAUGAAAAUGUUAAUGCCUUGCUUGUGUUUAGUUACAAUGAGUCUAUGGCCCUAUGGCAUGGAUAUAAUUAUAAUAUAAUACCAGUAUGGGGGAAUACAAUUUCUGAUUUUUAAAAAAUGUGAUAUGAGCAGCCUACUAAUAAUACUACUAUGGCAGUAAACUAGUUGUUUAUUUACAUCAUUGACAUUGACGUCAUUGAUCUUAAUUAAAUUGUAAUGGUAAGACAUUUCUGAGAUUUCUUUACUUUUAUUUGUUACAAUGGGUAAUGGACUUUAUUUUACACAUUUAAAUAUAAUUAAAUCUGAGGGGAACAAAUAUUUGAAAUUUAAAAAAAAAUCUCUAUGACAAGGCUGCUUGGGAACUGCGUGCUGUCACCUGUAUAGAUUUGACUACACUAGCUGGAGAUGACACACCAGCGAAUGUGUCCCGUCUGUGUUUUAAGGCAGCUCAUCCUUUAAGCCAAGAUCUGCUCAAAUUGCUUCACAUUAAUGGGGCAGGUAUGAUGAUGCUUAGCUUUGUUAUCGAGAAGAAAAAAAAGAUAGGUAGAGUGGUAUGAUGGCCUCUGUAUCAUACCUCAAAAAAAAAAAAAACUUGGAUGAAAGGGAAAGGCUAUAAAUUAUUUUUUCUUUGUUAUUUAAAAUCCUUGUGCUCUUUAUAUCUGUAGGUUUGAAUAAAGAUGGUGUAUGAAAUACAAAAUGGAUGAUAGAAAAAUGGGUGGUGGAGAAAAAAGCUCUUAGAAAAUACUUUGCUUUCAGGUAUAUCCACUGGUGCUGUCUGUGUUUACCCCAAUCAGGUGAAAGCUGCCAAGGAGGCACUUGUUAGAUCAGGAUAUCCAAAUUUUCCAAUAGCUUCAGGUAAAAGGGAGGCAUUGGCUACCUUUUAUUAUUUUAUGUCAUAAUAGCAAAUAAUUUCAAAGGUUAGAUACCUUAAAUGUGUGCAAAAUACUAAAUUAAAGGAAAGAGGACAUUGAUAAAGUGCACACAUGGAUUAAACUAACUAAAGUCACAAAUGAGAUUUUUGCAUGGCAUGUUGGCAUUAAAUUUACUUUCCUACUAUAGGCAACAUCAAAGGACAUGUUUUAAAUUGACUUCCUAACAUUUGAUAUUUGUUAUAAGUUGCUACUGGCUUUCCAUGUGGGCAAACGCCAUUGAAAUCAAGGCUAGCGGAAAUCAGAUCAGCUGUAGCAGAUGGUGCCACAGAGAUAGAUAUUGUAAUCAACAGAACUUAUGCUCUUACAGGCGAUUGGAAAGGUGGGCAUUAUUUUUCUUUAAUGUUUACUUUUUUUCUGUUCAUAUUCUUUAAAUAUCUAUAGUGUUUUAGCGUGGACAACCACCAACUCAUAUUUAGCUUAUUAAAAGAAGUUUACUGAUACCAGGUACUACCAGUAGUACUUUUGUAUGCUACAUAUUCACCAAAAUGUGGAUUUUUUUUCUUAAUUUUUUCAAGUUUUAUUAAUGAUAAUCUGUAAAUGAAAUUAAAUUGGAUUGAGAUUUAUAUUUCAAUAAUUUUAUGUGAAGAUGUAUUGCAUUUUUAUGAUUUUGAAUCAUCUUAUUUCUUCUUUAUUGUUUCUUAUUAAAUGUGAAAUUAAUUAUCCUGUUUUGUCACAGGUGUAUAUGAUGAAGUAAAACAAAUGAAAGAUGCUUGUGGAGCAGCCCACAUGAAAACUAUACUUGCCACUGGUGAGCUGGGAUCUUUACGCAACAUAUAUAAAGCCAGCAUGGUAUGUAUGAUGGCAGGUAAGGGACGGUGUGUUUAAAUGUUGCCUGUAGUCACUAGCAUAUUAAUGUUUUUCCACACUUUUAUCGGUAGCCAAGUACAUGUCAGGUGUACACAUGAAUGCUACAUCACAAAUGUUAACAUUUUCUGAGUUAUCUUUUUUUCUUCUCAUAUUUUUCUGAAAAUCAAUCUUUCCCACUUUUCCAAUGAUAUAUUUAUGACAUUACUGAUCUUAUAUUACAGUACUUAUUUAUCUUUUUUUUUUUUUUUUUUGUUGUUUGUUUACUGUUUUAAAAAUCAGCCAUGUCUCUUUUUUUCUAAUAAUAUUUAAUAAUACAAUCUCUUCAAUUAUUCUCUUCCUUUUUUUUUUCAAAUGAUAUAUUUAUGACAUUACUUAUCUUAUAUUACAGUACUUAUUUAUCUUUUUUUUUUUUUUUGUUGUUGUUUGUUUACUGUUUUAAAAAUCAGACAUGUCUCUUUAUAUCUAAUAAUAGUUAAUAAUACAAUCUCUUCAAUUAUUCUCUUCCUUUUUGAAUUGCUUUACACAGGAGCUGACUUCAUCAAAACUUCCACAGGCAAGGAGGGUGUUAAUGCAACAUUUAUUGUGGCACUGGUUAUGAUUAGAGCCAUCCGUGAUUAUUACCGUCUCACAGGAGUGAAGGUUGUUACAUUCUCUUCAUGUAUUUAAUAUAUAUAAUUUAUUUGAACUAUUUAAUAAAUUUCAACCAAGUUAAUGAAAUGUUAGUUUAAUAAUGAUGUGGCUGAAAACUUUUAACUAGUUAUUAUAUCUUUUAAUCAGGUUGGAUUCAAGCCAGCUGGUGGAAUUCGCACUGCCAAAGAUGCAUGUGUAUGGCUGUCCAUGAUGAAAGAGGAGCUUGGGGAUGAAUACACUUCCAACAAGUUGUUCCGUUUUGGUGCAAGUGCCUUGCUGGGCGACAUAGAGCGCCAGUUAUAUCACUAUGCUACAGGUUACUAUCCAGCGAUUACUGAAAUGCCUAUGGGUUAAAAAAGUAAAAUGUAAAGCAUGUAAUAAUUGAACUAGACUUCUAAUUUACUUUAUAUUUAUUUACAAUAAGCUCACCAAAUAAAAUAUAUGGUAUUAAAUUCGCUAAAAUCAUAAUUAGCAUUAAAUAAUAGAGUCUGUUUCUUUCUCAAGACCUGCAGCAUUGAUGUGCAAAUCAUUUAUAAACAAAUUACUUUUUGGCAAUACUUAGUUACAACCUUUUGACAGAAUUCUCAUAUCAGCAUAUAUUUAUUGAUAUGGAUUUAAAUUUUGAUUAAGUUGUAUUUAGUGAGUUAAUAUAUCCAAGAAGCUAACCAGAGGCUGUGAAUUAUGAUGCUUUGUUUUUCUAUUCAUAAUAAAAAAAAAAUAUGAUGUAAUCAUGUUAACAUUAUAAUAAACUGCUAUAUAUUCUUGUAACUAGAUUUUAUAGUAUGUCCUAUUUAAAUGUUGCUAAUUUCUUGCUAGUCAAUGUUACCAUACUAAUAAAUAUAAAAUCUAAUAUCAAUUAUUUUUUCUUCAAAUGCAAUAGCUAAUAAAACUGUUCUUUUUCCCUUAUAAUUUGAGCUUAAUGAUUUGAAAUCCUUAAUUUGAAGUGCACUAUAAAAAAUAUUUUAGAUUACUUGUAUUUACAUUGAUGAAUUAGUAUUUUUAAGGUCAGUUUUAUAAAAAAUAUUUACUUCAUUUAAAAAAAAAUAAGUACAAAUGAAAUUGAAUAGAGUAAGGGGGCAUGUUAUCCUAUUAAAAUAUUAAAAUAUAAUAUACACUUUCUGAAUUCAUCCAACACCAUUAUUCCACUGUUGAGGCUGUCAAUGAAAUGUAGAUGAACAUCAUGAUAAUCAACAUGAUUUUAUUUGGUCUAAAUCGUCAAUUAUUAACA